AUGACCGUCAAGGCUAGACAACAUCGUGUUCAUGUCCUUGGGUUGGGGAGCAUUGGCACCUUUGCUGCCCACUCACUUGCCGAAGUGCCAUGCCCUCUUACACCAUCCGUCACACUGCUGCUUCAUCGAGCCUCUCUCGUCGACAACUUUGUCGCCAGCGGGAGCAAAAUAACGUUGGAGACGAGAGAAGGUGUAGUUAUCGAUCACGGCAAAUAUGAUCUUGAAGUACUACAAGAUGGACAAUGGUAUCAGCAUCAAUCGACACAACUAGAUCCUUCUCCCACGGACGACGUUAUCGACAACCUCGUCGUUUCGACAAAAGCUACACAAACGGCAUCAGCUUUGAGGCCACUCAAGCACAGGCUCAAUGGUUCUUCAUACAUUUUGUUCCUACAGAAUGGAUCGGGCAUGAUUGAGGACGUGAACAAGCACGUCUUCACCGACGAACAAACACGACCGAAUUACAUCACAGGUGUCACUUCACAUGGUGUCACACUCAACUCUCCAUUCAACAUCGUCCACACGGGAUUUGCGGCUACAUCUCUGGGCCUGGUCCCUAGAAGUGACAAGAUCGUGCAGAACACAGCCGCGACUUCAUAUCUGCUGGAAGCUCUACCACUGGUGCCACGACUCAACGCCACCUCGUACACAUUCCUCGACGUUUUUCAGAUUCAACUAGAAAAGCUCACCGUCAACGCCUUUUGCAAUCCUCUAUGCGCUCUCAACGACGCCAAGAACGGAUUUCUCUUCACGAUUCCCGAGACACGGCGGGCCAUUCUCACUGAGAUAUCGCAAGUGGUCUACGCGCUGCCUGAACUACACGGGGUGCCUGGUGUUUUAGAGCGGUUUUCGGUAGAUCGAUUGGCAGCGACGGUGAAUGGCAUCAUCCAGAAGACAGCAGAGACGACGUGUUCAAUGGUUGUGGAUUUGCGCCGAGGGCAAAAGACGGAGAUUGAGUUCAUCAAUGGGUAUUGGUGUCGAAGGGGAAGAGAAGUUGGUGUGCCAACACCCAUCAAUGAUGAUCUUGUAAGGCAAAUCCUGCGACGACAGGGCGACGAAGAAUUGGUGAAGAAUUAUCAGUAG